GAUUGUGUAGGCCGCCAUAUUUGUUAUGGUUUGACAUGUGGACUGUCGAUGACAACACAGGAGAGCGACUCGUGGUAGUAAAUUGGGGUAUUCUGGUGUCAUGAAAAUCAAAGACAGUUUGCAAACUGAGAUGGCAGACCUUGAGGAACAUCCUGAUUUAGAUAAUUUGGAUAUCGAAGGAGUUAUUGAUGGAUCAUCGGAAAGUGAAAUCGAUCGAUUAGAAUUGUGCUCCCCUGGCCUAGAUUCCCCUACUGAAAGAGGGGUAGCCAAAACGAAAAAAGAAGAGGACUUGAUUUUGAAAAUUAUAAAACAGACAAAAGUCCUUGGGUCUAACACACUAGAAUUAUGUGACAAAGGACUGCUACAAAUUCCCCGCGAACUUUUAGAACUGAAUAACCUUGAGUAUGUGUAUUUGGAGGGAAAUGAGUUGACCAGUCUACCUGAUGACUUUUUUGACUGCUUACCACGGCUGACCUGGCUUGACCUCAGGAGGAACAAACUCUUACGUUUACCCAGCGUAUACACUGGCAGACAUAACCACCUCCGAACACUUCUCCUGGAAGGAAACAAACUGCGAAGUCUUCCACUUGAAUUAGGUUUAAUAAAAAGUUUGAAUGGCUUGAACAUCAGCAAUAAUCCUAUCGAAUUUCCCCCCAAAGACAUCAUGGAAAGGGGGACUUCUGAAAUCCUGAAAUUCCUCAGGGAAAUGCUACAAGCCAAGUCUUCAGGACAACUUUUGAAUGGUUCCCCUGGUAAUGAAAGCAGUAGCAGUUCGGAUGACUGGGAUGAUGGGGACGACCUUCAGGAUUACGCCAAGAGGCGUCAGAGGACCCUCGCUCUGGAUGAUGCAAAGAGCACCACCACAAAAUCAUCCGACCCGUUCGGACCUGUGCCACAGCCAGUGGCCUUUCACCAACCGGUCAGUUACACGGACAAGAAACAGGAAAAGGCAGAGAAAGUGCGGCGGGCGGGGGCCUCAGGGACAGUUGAAAGUCGUAAAAAGUCAGCAAACAGUGUGAUGAACUGGAAAGUAAACCCGUACCCUGAACCUCCAUCAGAGGAAUACUCCAACUUCAAAAUGACGGAGGAACGAAGGCUGGCAAAGAUCAAGGAGCACAAACAAAAAACGGACGCCAUCAUACAGAGGAGAAAGGAUGACGAAUCUCUGAAGGACUGGAGAGUGAAGACGAAGAAAAUCCAGCAGAAAAAACAGUACGAAAGCAUGAUCAAGGGAACGAAAGAUUAUGUUGAUGCUGUUGAGAAGGCCCCUUUUGACAUUGACAAAAAUCACAUGAAGAUUCCAACUAAUGAAGAAAGAAUUAAGGAAGACAUUAAAAAUGCCCAUGAAAAGGUUCGUCGUGCAAUUUCACCAAGCUCCCGCCAACGCAUUGAGGAAGAGAAGAAUGCAAGGAUACGAGAACUAGAGCGACGAAUUAAACAACAUACAUCACAUAUGCAUGAAAGGAGGAAACUUCCUAAGGGGUCCCCACAGGAGGAAAUGGAGGCCGCCCGCAGGGAGUUAGAAAUUGUGAAAUCUCUGCAGAAAGACCUCCUGAAGCGCUAUCAGGAACUCAAAGCGUGGACCACAGAUUCAAAUGUUUCCAGAAAGUAUCCCCAUGCAUUUGGUAAAAAAAAAAAAAAAAAGAAGAGAUGUAUUGAUAUAGAAAGAAUAGAAAAACAGACAUUGCAUGAACUAUCAGAUCAAGAGAAUCAGCAUGUGUUCUCAAGAUUUAAAAAAAAAAAAAGGCUUCGAGGAUUGUCUUUUCUUGUAGAAGUUCUUUUGUGUCUUUCUCAGUCUGUUUCCAUUGACUAAACUUUUGUAGUAAAUGUUUACAUGCAAAGAGCUUAAGAACAUAUUGAAAAAAGGCUUUGAUACACAAGUUUACGAAGCAUGUAGGUGAUCUUAAAAAAAUCUUUUUGCAAUAUUAGCUUGAGUGUUGCUAGUAAUAUGCACAAUGCACUGUAUAAACUACUCCAGUUCUCAAAUCAUAAUCAUAUUGUACUCUCCAAGGAAAUAUUAGACCUUGAGUUUCUUAAAAUACCGAUUCUGCAUGGACAGACAGUCAAGUUCUUGUUAUGCUAGUCUACCUAAGCAUUGUCGUCAUGGAUAUCUAAUGAGCAUCAUCAGCAGACAGUUUAGAGUUCAAUAUAUUUCAUUCUAGAAAUGUUCAAAAGUUAGGAGGGUAGACUCACAAGAGGAAUAAUUUUGUUGUGGACUGUACCAUGUUAGGAGGGUAGACUCACAAGAGGAAUAAUUUUGUGUUGGACUGUAUCAUGUUAGGAGGGUAGACUCGCAAGAGGAAUGCGUUGGACUGUACCAUGUUAGGAGGGUAGACUCACAAGAGGAAUGUGUUGGACUGUAUCAUGUUAGGAAGGUAGACUUGCAAGAGGAAUAACUCUGUGUUGGACUGUAUCAUGUUAGGAGAGUAGACUCACAAGAGGAAUAACUUUGUGUUGGACUUUAUCACAUUUGGAGGGUAGAUCCUCCUUUUGAUCAUAAUCUUGAGUCAACUGUUAUACAUAUAGAAUAUAUAGUACCUAGUGCUGUCUGUUUGGUUAAUAUUGCUUUUUUUUCCCGUCGAAUUCCUGAUAUCUGAUUAGAUGGUAGGCCUAUACCAUAAACAUGAAACACUGCUAAAGGUUCUCUUGGAAUGUCAGAUAAAAUUUGAGCACACUUCUGUUUUGGGGAUUUUUAAUUAAAGUGUAUAAGGUUAUAUAUUCAUGUACUUCUCACAAAUUUUGGUCCACUGGUGGUAAAUUACAUUGUCUUUGACAGAGUCUUUGGACUGAUCUUUAAUUCUAUGUUACCUUGGACAGAGUCUGUGGACUGUUCUUUAACUUUCUGUUACCUUGGACAGAGUCUGUGGACUGUUCUUUAACUCUGUGUUAUACCUUUGACAGAUCUUUAAUUCUGUGUUACCUUUGACAGAUCUUUAAUUCCGUGUUACCUUUGACAGAUCUUUAAUUCCGUGUUACCUUUGACAGAAUUUGUGGACUGCUCUUUAAUUCUGUGUUACCUUUGACAGAAUUUGUGGACUGCUCUUUAAUUCUGUGUUACCUUGGACAGAAUUUGUGGACUGCUCUUAAUUCUGUGUUACCUUUGACAGAAUUUGUGGACUGCUCUUUAACUCUGUGGUACCUUGGACAGAAUUUGUGGACUGCUCUUUAACUCUGUGUUACCUUGCCUAAUGUAAUUAUUCUGCUAAGUAGAAUUGGAUUCUCUACAAAAGUAAUUUUGUACACUCCUGACCUUAUUGUACAAGUUUUCAAUGUAUUCUUUGUAAUAUCUUGUUCUAUUGUGUUUUUAUUUACACCUGUGUUGUGAAUUAUUUCUGUGUGUCUGCCGUCAGUGUUAGGUUACCUAGUAACUGUUACUGAGCUUGAUAGAUCAUUAUAAAUAUGUCGGUGUAAUAGAAAGAUUUGUUAGUACACGACAUUGCAUGGAAAUAGAAAUGUUAGAUACCGCUCUGUAGAAAAUAAAAACAGAUGUAAUCGUGCUAAUAUCAAUUUAAUUGUUAAAAAGAAUUGUGUCAAACAUUUUAAAAACCAUGAUUUACAACAAUUGAUGACAAAAAUAUUACAAAUAGCUGUGUUAUAAAGCAGUAGGAAGUGCAUGUACUGAAAAGUUUGAUAUGAAAGAGAAGUAGGUACUUUGAUUUUUUUAAUUGAUAUAACUAUUGAUAACUGGAGCUGUGUUGACAGUCCCUAACAUUUACAGGCAGAAGUUCUAUCAAUUCCUAUAGUGGUUUAGUCUGGCAUUAGUCCUGCAGCCACGUGGUCCGGCUA